AUGAGUGAAUUGGGUCUCAAAUUGCGUAAACUGUUCAAAUGGCAGUCGAGUGAAAAGAAUUCUGAAGCUCAACAAUUACUGUCUUCGGGAACAGCAGUAAAUAACAAUGAAGAUCCAUCACCAUCAUCAUCAGCAGCAGUAACAACAGAAAUUACCACAACCAAUGCUCCACCGAGAAAGGAACGUAUGGUUGCAUUGGAUAUUAUGAGAGGAAUGACCAUCAUGUUGAUGAUUAUUGUGAAUAAUCAACCAGCUAGAGCUUUUAUCCCGUUGGAUCAUGCUGAAUGGUUCGGAUUUACCCCAACACGGUCUACUUUUUUCACACUUUUCACAGUGUAG